AUGUCCAACGCAAACGUUGCAAGCUACCUGGCGGACCAGAAGAAAACCACCGACAAAGAUCUAGCGGCCGAAUGGACGGUGCUGGAAGAGUUGUACAAUGAGAAGCUUUGGAAUGAGUUAACGAUAAAGUUGGACGCCUUCGUCAAGCAUUCUGCACUACAGAAUGAGGAAGCGUUGCUUGCCCUGUAUCACAAUUUCAUCGCCUCCUUCGAAACAAAAAUUAACCCGUACGGUUUGGUAGAAAUUCUGACCGUCGUUAUUUCGUAUCUAUCGGAUAAGAAGGAAGCCAUCGCGUUUCUCGAGAAGCUAAAGGACAAGGUAAAAAUCUGCGAUCAAGCGGUCUGGAUGUGCAAAGUGCUACAGGGCCAGAUCCAUCUCGAACACCUGAAUCAGCUGGAUGAGACGAAAAAAAUCAUCGAAGAUCUGAAGGACAUACUCGAGGAAGCGGGCAAUGUAACACCGGUGCACGGUAAAUACUAUAUGCUAGCAGCCAACUACUACCGUUUGGUCGGACAGCACAGUGAUUACUAUCGAUGUGGUCUUCAAUUUUUGGGAUGUUCUAUCGAUACCUACCCGAGGGAUCAGUGGGCUCAACAAGCUUUCUGUCUAGGAUUGGCCGCAUUGCUUGGCGAGGGCAUCUACAACAUCGGCGAACUGCUAGCGCAUCCGAUUCUCGAAUCGCUCAACGGUACAGAAAACGAAUGGUUAGUGGAGCUGUUGCGCGCAUUCAACUCCGGUGACAUCGUGAAGUUCGAACAGAUGAAACCGAAAUGGAGCUCGAUUGCCGAUCUGGCCGCCCAGGAGGUGAAGCUGCGGCAGAAAAUAUCGCUCCUCUGUCUGAUGGAAAUGACGUUCAAGCGGCCGGCCAACAAACGCACGAUUACGUUCGAUGAAAUCGCGAAGGAGGCUAAGCUACCGAUCAAGGAGGUGGAAAUACUGAUCAUGAAGGCACUGGCACAGGGUCUAGUAAAGGGUGCGAUAGACGAGGUGGCCGGUGUAGUGAACAUGACCUGGGUGCAGCCACGUGUGUUGGAUCGAAAGCAGGUCGCCGGUAUGGCUUCCACACUAGACACCUGGAUGUCGUCCAUCACGUCCAUGGAGCAGCUGAUCGAAAGCCGGGCAAGUGAAAUCCUUACCAACUGA